GGAAUCAAGCCAUGAUGGACGAGAUUGAUUCACUCAGAGCUUCUGCGAGAAGGAAAAGCGUUGCGAAUAUGGCAAAAGGCCGUCGUUCCGUGAGUACUACUUCAACCGUUAAAAAAACCAGGAUUGAAGGAGUCGAUGCUGAAGGAAGCCGUUAUCUCGAUGAAGAACAUCAUCACACAACCGAAACCACCGAAGAAUCCACCGUCGACGACAACGAUGAUUACCCCCCUGAACGAACCUCAAUUAUCAGCAAUCCCAGAAACUCCUCCAUCUCCAGCAAUCCCAAAAAAGCAAUCGAACCUCCUCCACCAAUUCCUCCCCGUUUCCCCUCCGAAAGCAGCGUCCCAACUCCAUCUCGCUUCUCACUCGUAAAACCUCCCCGAAACCUCCCCUUCGUUCCCCCCGAAGAACCCCCAGAACGGAUCUCAUACGACAACAACGCCCUCGAUCUCGCCACUCCCCGCUACUCCAUCGUCAAAAGGACCGUCCCCCCUCCCCCUCCUUUGGAAGAAGUUCCCCUCGAAGAACCCCCACCUCCUCCGCCUCGCACCAUCAUCAAGAAUCCCGCAAAAGAUAAAAAUUUCGAACCACCACCACUUUCAUGCUCGCCAUCGGAACAGUUACGCCGGGAGUGUCCCCCUCCACCCCCCGCUGAGAGCCAUUUGGACUUGAAGUCCAUCGUCAACAAGUUAGUCGCCCUGGAAAAAACGCUGGGACACUUUAACAACUAUCAUGAAGAGCAAAUGGGCGAAUUGCAGAGUAGCAUUCGCGCCCAGGAUGAACAGUAUCGCGACGCUUUGGGGCUAUUUUCCGAGGAAAUUGGCACCAUUAAGACGUUAGUGGUGGAUAAGGUGAAACAGCAGCAGCAGCAGCAGCAGGCUCAAGUACCACCACCCCCACCACAACGCCCUCAGUCCAGUCAGCAGGGUGGACAACCGAGGAAUGUCACUUAUCAGAAGAAGACGUCCACCUCAACGUCCACCAUUCGAAGGGUCGUCGACGACCCGGGGGAUGAUGACCAAGAUGAUUAUCAAAAUUCUUAAAAUCGAUUUAUUAUUCCGUAAAAAGUAAUUAAAAUGGCAAGUUUUACUAUUUGAUAAUAAAGAGGAAAUUGCAAAAUCA